AUGUCAUAUCAUAAGAAUGAAAAAGAUACAGAAAAUAUUAAAUCUUUACAAAAUACAACUGAAGCAACAAUAGCUAACAAAACAGAUACAAUAGAGAUCAGGAUGUCUAAUACAGCUAAUGAACUAGAUAUGAGAAGAGAUGGAAUAUCAGAUACAAAUAAUGAAAAACCUAAGCUCAGAAGAUAG